CACCCCGAGAAGAGCCCAGACCAGCGCUGUCGGAGCCGCGGGAGCGGGGCCAUGGAGCAGUACUUCUCAGCCACCCAGAAGAUGGAGCAGGAGGUGAUGUUCCCCAGCCUGCUCCGAGGGGUCUUCCCGCAGCAGGAGGGGGCGGCCCCGGCCGCGGGCGGCCACGCAGACCUCUACGAGCGCUACCAGCUCCUCAAGGCCAUCAAGCCCAUGGUAGAGAAAGGCCUGGCCUCUGUCAACGACCAGAGUCAGACCGGUGCUGAUGCCGACACAUCCUCGGAUGACAAUGACACCAUGGAUGCCCAGCUGGAGGAGCGCCUGUCCCACCACCUGGCCGGCUUGCAGCAGGUCCUCACCCACCUCACCAGGGACACCAACGCCCUCACCCGGAGGUACAGCCAGAUCCUGGAGCAGAUCAGCCCCAGCGAGGGGCAGCCCAGCUGGUGACCCUGCCCCGGCCGCCAGGAUGGGCGCCGGUGGCACGACGGAGAAGACGUCCCCAUCGCUGACCAUCGCGGGCUCUUCCCCAGCCCCGCUCGCCCUCCCCGCACCGCGGCAGCUGAUCUCCCAGCGCUGGCACCGCACGCCGGCGACGGCUGGGACCACCCGAGGACCAGAUGGUGCCUUAUCCUCAUAGGAAGAAGCAUCUGGUUGUUCCUAUGGGAGGUCCGUCAGAAGAGCCACACGGCUCGUGCCCUGCUCUUUAUUUUCAAAGAGUGGCACGAAGGCGGUGGCGUUGCACGGUGGCCCCGACCUCCGA